GGCUCGGCCGCCUGGGGCAGCGCAAUGUCAGCAGCAGAACUGCGACCAACGGAGGUUUCUCCAUCAUCAAAUUCAUCCAGCUCCUUUGAGGCAGUAGAAACGGAUACAGCAAAUAAAUAUGAGCCGGUUUACCCACACUGGUUUUAUUGCAAAGUAGCGGAUGCCAGAGAAAGAUGGAUUCCCUUUAGCGAACAAGAUUCAGAGAAAUUAGAACAUUUUUACCAAUCUAGUAAAGACUGUGAGGAACUGGUUGUCCCGACAGAAGGGGGCCGGUAUGAUGUGCAUUUGAAGGAGAGGCUCCGUUGUGCUGUCUACUGGGAGGAAGAGGACUCUGAAGUCCGGCGCUGCACUUGGUUUUACAAAGGAGAAAAAGACAACAAAUAUAUUCCAUACUCUGAAAGCUUCAGUGACGAGUUGGAGGAAACAUAUAUGAUCUGUGUCACACUAGAUGAGUGGAAGAAGAAAUUAGAGUCCCCUUCUAGAGAAAUAAUAAUUUUGCACAACCCGAAGCUGAUGGUCCAUUACCAUCCAGUAGCAACCACAGAUGACUGGGGUGCGAGUCCCACAGAGCAAGGCCGACCAAGAACCGUGAAGAGAGGAGUGGAAAAUAUCUCUGUUGAAAUCCCUAGUGGAGAGCCUCUGCAAAUAGAUCAUUUGGUUUUUGUUGUACAUGGAAUUGGACCAGCCUGUGAUAUUCGGUUCCGUAGCAUUGUUCAGUGUGUCAAUGAUUUCCGCAGUGUCUCAUUGAGCAUGUUGCAAGCACACUUCAAGAAAGCCCAGGAGCAGCAACAAAUUGGCCGAGUCGAAUUCCUUCCAGUGAACUGGCACAGUACUUUACAUACCGGGGUGGAUGUGGACUUGGAAAGAAUCACCUUGCCAAGCAUCAACCGCCUGCGUCAUUUUAUCAAUGACACCAUCCUGGAUGUUUUCUUCUAUAACAGCUCCACCUACUGCCAGACCAUUGUAGACACCGUCGCUUCCGAAAUGAACCGCCUCUAUCUCCUCUUCUUGCAAAGGAACCCUGACUAUAAAGGGGGAGUUUCAAUAGCAGGUCACAGUUUAGGGUCGCUUAUAUUGUUCGAUCUUCUCACUAAUCAAAAAUGUGCUGCUGAGAGAGAAGAUAAUAACAAGGGAUCCCAUCCGCCAGCAUCCAGUGGAGAAGGCCUUGGGUCGAUAAAGGACAUCUUGAAGGAACUUGAGCUUUCUGAAUAUUACUCUGUGUUUGAGAGGGAGCAUGUGGAUAGAGAAGCGCUGGCCUUGUGUACAGAAAAGGAACUUAAAGAGAUGGGAAUUCCUUUGGGACCCAGAAUGAAAAUCCUGCACUACUUAAGGAACAAAAGCAGCAACCAGGAUUCCAAGAGAGAGAGGCCUGCAGCAGCUUGGGAAGAUGGAGAUGUCAAGCAGGAGGCGCCUGCAGAACCCACAACUUUGAAGUCAAAUUGCCAGUGUCGGGAUGUUGUGACAGGACAGGUCUCUGCCAAUUACCCUCAGCUGAUCUACAAGCCGCAGAUCUUCUUCGCCUUUGGCUCUCCUAUUGGGAUGUUUCUCACUGUACGAGGAAUCAAAAGGAUCGAUCCGAUGUACAGCCUGCCUACCUGCAAAGGUUUCUUCCAUAUCUUUCAUCCCUUUGACCCAGUGGCAUACAGGAUUGAGCCCUUGAUUGUCCCCGAUGUGGAUUUUGAACCUAUGUUGCUUCCUCAUCACAAAGGCAGGAAGAGGAUGCAUUUAGAGCUGAAGGAGGGCCUCACACGGAUGAGCACCGACAUAAAAAACAACUUGCUCGGUUCUUUGAGGAUAGCCUGGCAGUCAUUCACCAGGGCCUCGUUGCCGGCUGUGGAGGCAGGGGCCACCGGAGAUGCUGAACAUGAAUUGGAAACCGAAGCCAGUUCAGAGAAGCCAACCGAAGGGAAACCCGAAGAGCCAGCUGUACCAGUGAAUGAAGAACCCACACCGAUUAACGUGGGCAUGCUUAAUGGGGGUCACCGCAUUGACUAUGUGUUGCAAGAGAAACCUAUUGAAAGUUUUAACGAAUAUUUGUUUGCACUGCAAGGCCAUCUCUGCUAUUGGGAGUCGGAGGACACAGUGCUGUUGCUGCUGAAAGAGAUCUACCAAACGCAGGGCAUCAGCCUAGACCAGCCUCUCCUGUAAAGCCAGACUGACACGCUGCAUCAGUCUAGUUACCAAAUAUGUACUCCCAAGUGGAAGCUUGUCAAGACUUCCUG